UGUGCAGUACGGAAGUUUGCUGUAGAGCUGUGUGUCAGCUCCUGUGCCACUUUCAUCCAUUCACACGAGCAGGACAGAGACACACACAGCUGCUGAAGUGACCACAGGAGAUGCUCUGAGGAUCCUCCAAAGCUGUUCACUUUUGAGGAGGCCAGUGGCUAGUGAAGGGAAGCGUGAUGGCAGGGGAGAACCAAAGAGAGAGUUCUCAAGACGACAAACAGUCAUCCAGAGUCAUUCGGGUUGUGUUUCUGGCUCUUCUGCUGGAUCUGCUGGGGUUCACAGUAAUUCUCCCACUUCUUCCCUCCAUCUUAGAUCACUACAGUCAAACAGAGGAUAGUGUGUAUCUGUCACUACAAAGCGUUGUGGAUUGGUUCAGGGGCACUGUAGGAAUACCUUUGGAAAGAAAAUACACCAGUGUACUUUUUGGAGGUCUGAUCGGCUCACUCUUCUCUUUGCUGCAGUUCAUUUUCUCUCCUGUGAUAGGAGCCGCGUCUGAUCAGCAUGGCAGAAGACCGCUGCUGCUUUUAACUACUGCGGGGCUGAUUUUCUCCUACAUUCUGUGGGCUGUCUCUCACAGCUUUAGUGUUUUUCUCCUGUCUCGUGUGGUCGGAGGGAUCUGCAAGGGCAAUGUCAGCCUCUGCACUGCUGUUGUUGCAGACUUGCCCUGCCCUAAAGCGAGAAACAGAGGAAUGGCCAUGAUCGGCGUUGCCUUCUCCUUGGGCUUCACCCUGGGCCCAAUAAUGGGAGCGUAUUUUGCACUGAGGCCAGUGGACGCUGAGUUGUUUUACCAAGGCCCUGCUUUUCUUGCAGUUUUAUUUUCUAUAGCAGACCUGGCAUUUAUUUUUCUCAUGCUUCCAGAGACUUUGCACAAGGGCACCUUGGAGCCCACAGGUGUUCAGGAGAUAGGAGACCUGCUCAACCCAGUGGCCCUAUUCAACUUCUCUGCGGUUACAAGAACAAAGGAACCGCCUUCCAAACAACGGAUGAGCAACCUUAAGGUUCUGGGACUGGUGUAUUUCACAUACCUCUUCCUUUUCUCCGGCCUUGAGUUCACACUGAGCUUCCUGACUCAUCAACGCUUCGGGUUCUCCAGCAUGCAACAGGGGAAGAUGUUUUUCUUCAUUGGCAUCACAAUGGCAGCAUUUCAGGGAGGAUAUGCACGCCGGAUCCAACCAAGUCAGCAGAUCCGGACAGUCCGCAUGGCAAUAUUAUUACUCAUUCCAGCCUUUAUUCUAAUUGGAAUAGCAUGGAAUUUAACAAUGCUCUACAUCAGCCUGUUUCUGUAUUCUUUUGCGGCUGCCAUUGUUGUGCCAUGUCUUUCAGCACAAGUAUCUGGACAUGGUACUGCAAACCAGAAGGGUACAGUCAUGGGAAUUCUGCGUAGUCUUGGAGCACUGGCCCGAGCACUGGGUCCAGUUGUGGCUUCCUCAGUGUACUGGCUUGCUGGAGCUGAGACGUGCUUCCUCAUCAGUUCGGCUUUCUUUCUCAUUCCGCUGCUGUUAAUUAGCCGACUAGAGCAUCACAAAGAGGACUAAGAACACUGAUGCAAAUUUUCCUGGAAGUAUUUUUUUUGUUUAGUUUUUUUAACUCAAGUAUGGGAUGCAUGCAGUAUACUAUAUUUUCUACUUUUCAUUUUAUGAACAUUUUUUUACACUUCAAAACAUUUAUAGUAUAAAAUUAUACGACACGACUGCAGUGCAGUUGACCAAGACAUAGUUUUUUUACACUGUAGGGCUACACUAUAUAUUCAUUAAAGUUGAUUGCUGAAAUUAAAAACUUUUGUAACUCUGUAA